GCACCAUCGCCUAGUCCAGGGGUUAGCAGCCUAUGCUGUGAUCUUGUGGCACAAGGUGAUCAGCAAUCAGCAGGGUUUUUAUUUUGCUGGCUUAGACAAACGGGAAACUGUUCCAUCCUUGUACCAUCAUAUAGAUAAGUGGGUGGUACUUUGUCUCUGCAAGGAAUAGGAGCUCUUGGCUUCUGCUGAGUUCUUACUGGUUUGGGAAAGAGUUCCCUGUGAGGUUGCUGACCCCUGGGUUAUGCUAUGCAUGAAUGCACUUAACAAAGGGAAUGGUGGUGAGCCCCCACAACAUCACAGUACAGAAUCAGAGGCAUCUGUCCCAAGUGUGAUGUGUCAGUCACAGCCCUUUGUCUCCUUUCUGCAGUGGCAGGUUUGUAGUUCUGCCUGCAGAUACACUGGGGCUCUUGAAGAAGAGGUGGACAUGCCCUGCUUCCCCUGCUACAUUCUUGAAACUACUGAAUCAUUUUGACUUAAGCGAAAGCAAAAUGGCUUUGAAACAGAACAGAGUCACUGAGGGCAGUAAAAGAUGGCUGACCGGCCAGUCAGUUUUUUCAAGAGCUCCUGUGUAAGGCAGGAGACAGGUAUAGGCAAUCCCAGAUGUAUUGCUUUGAAAACUUGCUAUUUUUGGGAGGCUCACCCGUGUCUUUUGAGCACCUCGGUACUUUUGAGCAAGUGGUUCUGCGGUGUACUUAGGAGAAGACCUGGAGAGCUGAAAACACAUCGGAAAUAUUUAAUAUACUGUUAGCUAGUCCCGCUCCUAUUAAGCUCAGCAAACUCCCAAACUCUUUUUGUCCCCAGAUGGGAACAACAAUCUCGAGUAACUUUCUGUAUAUGGUUUCACCACAGAAUUGUUAUGAAGCCUGGUUUUGAGGGUGGAUGGUUUUCCUCUGUAUCCAGCAGAGAAGAACCGAGGUAGAAAUGUAUCCUGUGCAAAGACUUCUCCCAAGGAUUCCCUGAAGAGUCUGCUGGGGCUUGAUUUUUCUCUCUUCCUAAGCACCUCUGGUUAUUGACGUCGGGGGCAGUGAAUCUCUGCGUUCCUACUGGAAGAUGUACUUGCCAAGAGUGCUGUUGCUGAUCUAUGUGGUGGACUCGGCCGAUCAUGCCCGACUGCCUGUGGCGAAACAGCUGCUUCAUCAACUGAUCCAGAGCAACUCCACCCUGCCGGUGGUGGUUCUGGCUAACAAGCAGGACCUCGAAGGUGCAUAUUGCAUCACCGAUAUCCAUGAUGCUCUGGCACUGUCUGAUAUUGGGGACAAGAGAAAGAUGUUCUUGAUUGGUACCCACGUGGCUGAAGAUGGCUCCGAGAUCUCCUCUGGCAUGAAGGAUGCCAAGGAGCUGAUAGCGCAGCUCAUUUUGGAAACACAGUGACAACUCUUCUCCUACAAUGUGGUAUUUGCAGCUGAGGGAAACAAGGUGUUAGUGUUUGGUCACUUUGCCACAUGGUGACUGAAAUGUUCAGGUAUCUUUUCCUUGUGGGUGUGGAAUUCCUCUGAAAAUGAUGUCUAAUUGGUAAGAAAAUGUAAUUUAUAGUGGUUUGAAAAUACAUUUGAAAAGUAGUCUAUUUUUUAGCGUAUUUGUAGGGGUAAAUUAGUCUCUCAGACAGUAGAGUUAAGGGGAUAUAUAGCUUAGGUGGGCUGAGAUGUCUUCUUGCCAGGUGGGAAUCGAGCAUUGAUUUCAAAGGAACAAAGUCGUAUCCAGUGAAUUUAACCUGGGUUGAUGUCUCAGGCUAAAAUUCAAAUACAUUUACUUCACAGGUUUUACAGAACCCUGUUAACAGUGGUGUUGUGUUAAAAAGGAGACCUCGCUUCUUGACAGUGUCAGAAAUUUAAAGUGCUGUGACUAGUAAUUUUGACAGUGACAAUUUUUGUUGUUGCUGUACUGGAGCCAGCUUUUAAGGGAGUGGCAAACCAGUAAUCUGUGGAAAUUGGGUUGGUUACUGCUUCUUUAGUGGGUAAGAACAAGAAAAAUGAAAGCAAUAAGAUAUGAGGUGUUUCUUUGCCUACAGGGGAAAAACAAAACUGUAAUUUAAGGUAGUGACUGGAAGCGUUUAAGUUAAAUUGGCACCAAAGGUGGGAGACUCCCUCAUCAGGCUGAGCGGCUUAUUUCAGUUUAGUCCAGGUUGUCCUCGAGUGAUCAGCCUUACAUGUGAAAAACCUGUUGUUUUUUGAAAGUAAUUCCUGUUAGCGUAGCAGCUGAGGAAUGUGAGUGGCUGAUGUGUGUCACUCUCACGGUGUCCUCAUAAUUAUGCUCCAGGAAGCGUGAUCUGGGAGCAGAUCUGUCAAGGACCUGAUUUGCAGCUGUGUUUAUUGUAUGAGCGUUUUACGGUUUUGUCCUUUGGAACAGAUGCAUAAAGCAGAAAAUUUUGCCCUAA